CAACUCCGAACGAAAAUAAACGGGUUUGUCCGAGUACAGCGGUGAUUUAGCCAUGGAGCGGGUUUAAGUAACACUUCCACAAGGUUUAGCGUUUCCAGGCUGGGCUUAUUAUGUUUAUUUUUGAACUGCACGUACAUGUUAAGAUGUGAGACGUGGAUAUUUUUUUGCUGGAAAAAAAAACAAAAUGCUGGAAAGUUUGAUUUGAAUGUGUUAUAAAACCCACCCGUAGACCGUGAUGCGGCGUCUACAGCGGAUUCACUCGCUGUUAUUGGGCUGUAAACGUUGAGAAAAAAAAACAACACGUUUUUAGGAAAAGUUCUCUCGUUUUUUUUUGUAAUCAGGUAAAUAAUUGAGCAGAAAAUAGCUUGGAAGAAACGUCAAGCUGGAAUAUAAAGGGAAUGUCUAGUCAAGGGACGAGGAGAAACGGUCCAGUGAAACUGAGGCUCACAGUUCUAUGUGCGAAGAACUUGUCCAAGAAGGACUUCUUCAGACUGCCAGACCCCUUUGCCAAAGUGGUGGUGGAUGGUUCUGGUCAGUGCCAUUCGACAGACACAGUCAGGAACACGCUGGACCCAAAGUGGAACCAACACUAUGACCUUUAUAUUGGUAAACUGGACUCCAUCACCAUCAGCGUAUGGAACCAUAAGAAAAUUCAUAAGAAGCAGGGAGCAGGAUUUCUGGGCUGUGUGCGUCUCCUCUCCAAUGUCAUCAACCGCCUCAAAGACACUGGCUAUCAGAAGCUGGACCUGAACAAGCUUGGGCCCAACAAUAAUGACAACAUCAGAGGGCAGAUAGUGGUGAGCUUGCAGUCCACUGACAGGAUAGGAACAGGAGGUCCCUUGGUGGACUGCAGCCGUCUAUUUGACAACGAUUUACCAGAUGGCUGGGAGGAAAGGAGGACUGCAACUGGCAGGAUUCAGUAUCUUAAUCACAUCACACGGACAACACAGUGGGAAAGACCGACCAGGCCCGCCUCAGAGUAUGCAAGCCCCGGUCGGCCCCUCAGCUGUCUGCUGGAUGAGAACACACCCAUCCUAAGUUCUAAUGGAGCCUCUGGCAUCACACACACCAACUCCAGAGCUCAGGAGAGACGUGUCCGCUCACAGAGACAUAGAAACUACAUGAGCAGAACACACUUGCACACCCCAGCUGAUCUGCCUGAGGGAUAUGAGCAGAGAACCACGCAACAGGGCCAGGUCUACUUCCUCCACACCCAGACUGGGGUGAGCACGUGGCAUGACCCGCGAGUGCCCAGGGAUCUCAGCAAUGUGAACUGUGAAGAGCUCGGGCCACUCCCACCAGGCUGGGAGAUUCGGAACACAGCCACAGGCAGGGUGUACUUUGUGGACCACAACAACAGGACCACCCAGUUCACAGACCCUCGUCUCUCAGCCAACCUGCAUCUCGUCCUCAAUCCAAAUGGAUCUCGUGGUGUGGAGAAUCCAAACCCCAGUCGUACUCCCCAGCUGAAGGAGCAGCCUGCGCUGUGUAAUCUCCCUGAGGAGGCUGAAGACUGUUUAACUGCUCCCAAGUAUAAGCGGGAUCUGGUGCACAAGCUGAAGGUGUUGAGGCAGGAGUUGUCUCAGCAGCAACCACAGGCUGGCCACUGUCGCAUCGAGCUCUGUCGAGAGGAGAUCUUUGAGGAAUCAUAUCGGCAGGUUAUGAAGAUGAGGCAGAAGGACUUGUGGAAGAGGCUGAUGGUAAAGUUCAGAGGAGAGGAGGGCCUUGAUUAUGGGGGCGUGGCCAGAGAAUGGCUGUAUUUGUUAUCACAUGAAAUGCUCAACCCUUACUAUGGCCUGUUCCAAUACUCACGUGACGACAUCUACACGCUUCAGAUCAACCCAGAUUCUGCAGUCAACCCAGAGCACCUGUCCUAUUUCCACUUUGUGGGUCGUAUCAUGGGCAUGGCAGUGUUUCAUGGCCAUUACAUCGAUGGAGGCUUCACUCUGCCCUUCUACAAACAGUUACUGGGCAAACCCAUCACACUUGAGGACAUGGAGGCCGUUGACCCGGACCUGCACAACAGCCUGGUCUGGAUACUGGAAAAUGACAUAACGGGUGUACUGGACCAUACCUUCUGUGUGGAACACAACGCUUACGGACAGAUCAUCCAGCACGAGCUUAAGCCUAACGGCAAGAACAUCCCCGUCAAUGAAGAGACCAAGAAGGAGUACGUCAGGCUGUAUGUGAACUGGCGCUUCCUACAUGGGAUCGAAGCUCAGUUUCUGGCUCUGCAGAAAGGUUUCAACGAGGUCAUACCCCAGCACCUACUUAAGGCCUUUGAUGAGAAGGAGUUGGAGCUGAUUGUGUGUGGCCUGGGGAAGAUCGACAUCCAGGACUGGAGGGCAAACACGCGCCUGAAGCACUGCACUGCUGACAGUAAUGUGGUAAAGUGGUUCUGGAAAGCCGUGGAGUCGUUUGAUGAGGAGCGCAGAGCCAGACUGCUGCAGUUUGUCACCGGCUCAUCUAGAGUGCCUCUGCAAGGCUUCAAGGCCUUACAGGGUGCUGCAGGGCCCAGACAGUUCACCAUCCAGCAAAUCGAUGCCAACACCAACAACCUACCUAAAGCCCACACAUGUUUUAACCGCGUCGACAUUCCACCAUACGAGAACUACAACAAACUGUAUGACAAGCUGCUGACUGCCAUCGAGGAGACCUGUGGCUUUGCAGUUGAAUGAGGAAGCCCCGUCUCAUGCACCGUCAGCAACACAAAGUUCAACGCUGGCUUUGAUUCUUUUUUUUUUUUUUUGUAGGGGUCAAUCCCUUCAUCUUCUCUAGCUGCUAUCAUCAGAUCUAUUAGAAGUCAUGUUUGGUCCAGAAGUCAGCUCUUGGUUUUAAUGACUAUGGAGAAACUAGGAAAAAAAGAAUUUUUGCCUCCUCUGUAUAAUAUUCAAAGUCUGUCAUGAAGGCAAGGUUAAACUUUUCAUCUCCGUCAGGGAUGUCUUCAAAACAGCAGCAAUCGUUGUAUGAAUUCGCUUAUUGAUUGUAAUGAAAGACUGGUAUCCAAAGUAAGAGAUAUUAAUACUACUGACGUUAGAGAGUCAAGAGUUGUUGUUUUUUCAGUCCACACUUAAAAUUUGAAAUCAAAUUGAGUCCAUGAUAUUGUGAUUAAAUAAUGUGAUCAACUGAUCAAUUCUGGCUAGAACAAGUUAGUCACAGUGAAUGAGAGUGGAAUAAAAGCAAAAAACACCACUAUUUUUAAUAAGUCCAGAAACCUAUUUUAGUGACAGAGUUUUUUUGAGGAGAAAUCUGGCUAGAUUAUUUAGCUAAUGAUUCAGUGAAGAAUAUUUGUUACCUUCAUAGACACUCACUUGACAGUCAGCCAUCUAGGGCUGAUGUGUGUGGUUGGAACCAAUCAUUUCAUGUGAUAAGUAACUAGCUUAAAAAAAAAACACCAACAAAUACAUAUAUUCAUUUGACAGAUGGUUCAUUUCAAUCAUACAGCUUGAGAGGUUAGAGGACAUGCCCAGUGGCUCUCCCAUUGCAGGUCCAAAUAUUCAAUCUCAACCUUAAAGCCAUUAAAACUUGAUUCAGUUACAAACAUUUCAGCUUAGAACAGAAACGGCACAACGACCUAAGCCCUUAAAACACAUGCCAUACACUCUCCUGUCAAUCUCAGGAGGUUGGGUAUGAACGUUGAAAUAAAAUCUCACAAACGCUGGUGAUAAGCAUGCGUGAUAAUCGUCCUGGUGUGUACGAGCCUUAAUGCUGCAAGGCACUGAUUUCUUUCUAGCCCACACUGUAGAUUCAUGCAGCCUUUUAGUGACAGUCAUGUACAGUCAAAUCCCAGGACAGAGCCACUAUACAGCCUUUAACCCUCUGCUAGGAGUACAUCACGUAUAAAAUGUCUAGGUUAAAUAUUGUAUUAUGUCACUGUGUAGGAAAAAAAUCAAUCAUCUACCAAAUGUAAAAUGUCCCACAUGAUUACUAUUUGAAGGGAAACGCUGAACCUGGAUCACACAACAGCACUUUAGAAAGGAGGCCAGAAAAAUUUGGGUUAACAAUAGAGAUGAUUUUACUUCAUUCUAAUUGUAUAGCUGAUUUGUAUCCACAUAUUUUAUAUGUUUUAUAUCUUUCUAUUUCAGGACAUAACCUCAGGUCAUGUAGGAUUGGAUUUUUGUUCACUUUUAUGGGACUGGAUUGUUUUUUUGUUACAUUAUUGAGAUUGGCCACAAAUCUGUGCGUUAAAAAGAUCUAACUGGUUGCCAGCAUUGUUCACUCAUUGUUUUUUGGUUGAAAUUCAGCACUAAAGACAGUCUUGUGAAAAACGACAGCAUGCAUCUCAGUGUUCCAAAGAACGUCAUCUAAUAUUUUCCUCAGUUCAUUUAGGUCAGUCGUUAAGUCAGUCAGCUGAGCAAUGUUUAGGAGUCUGACGUUUGCUUCAACAGUAUUGGACUGCUUCUUCCAAUUUAAUGUAGACUUGUAGCUAUGAAACUCUGCUGUAAUCAUAAAGCCAUGUUACUUCUGUGCUCAUCUGUGACACUUCUAUACAGUAAUGAUUUAUAAUCUCAGUAUCCUGCGUCACCUUGAAGAGAGCCUGGUUCUGCUUAACCUUUCUUCCUCGUGUUGUCUCAGGGAGUUUUUUCUUACCGCUGUUCUCUUUGGCUUCAUCCAAAUCAACAACUGGAAUUUAAUGUAGCUAACAAAAUAAGGAAGUGAGGCUCACUGGGAAGGGAAAAACACCCAGACCUUCAAAUAGGACUUUAGAAAAUAACACAAUUUAAAUACAAAAAGAAGAACGUCAUUGUCCAUGAUGUGUCCACAAUUCCAAAUCUGGAUGGUGGAACGAUAAUAAACUCAAACACGGGGGACUCUGUUGUCCAAGUUUGUUGCCCCAGAAUGCUACAGUUUUAAACUACAUGGUUAAUCACCCAAUCAACCUGAAUCUCUCUCACACACACACUUGCAUGCGCCCUCACCUCCUUGGGCCUUAACAAUAUUAUUGAAAAGAUUUUGGGUGAGUCAGACAGUUACUUGUUAGCUACAUCAUCAGUUGUAGCUCCAGUGCAAAACUAAAGAAGCAAACCUCAGACUAAAUGCAUGAACUGGCUGACUGACUACACUUGUAUUUGGGCUUGUGACCGUAUAGUCCACUGAAGCUUUGAAGUUAAUGCUUCAUGUUUAUUAUAUGCUUUUUAACAUUUUAGGACUUUGGAGCUUAUAACGUUGUCCUUAUUUGCAGCAUCUGUAUCUCCAAGGUUAUAUUUAGUCCAUACAUGUGCUACAAACCUUAAGUAUGCUCACAAUGUGCCUUAUCCAGUAUGAAGUACAGAAAUAUUAUAUAUAUGCUGAUGCUUUGAAGAGGUUUCAUAAUGCGUUUUUUUUUUUUUUUUUUUUUUGGAUUUUCAAUAACCAAUCAUCUUACAUUUGUAAAGUAUUAUUUACAGUUCUGUAUUUAUAAUUAACAUGAACUCAAGCCGACUGAUCACACAGUUUGGACAGUCGGCGACACUCUUACUAUCGGUUGCCUUUCUAGCAUGUUCUGCAUAAUCCUUGUGUUUGGUGUGACGUUUGAAACAGUGUUUUGGAAUUGAGUGUGUGCGUGCAUGCUUCAGUAUGUACAGUAUGUGUGUGUACAGUGUGUGUGUUGGUGUAAAUAAGCUUGUUGAGUAUUUCACUUUUUAUUUCGUCUGUAUUUAUUGCUGCAGCUGUUCUGCGAGCUCAUCUGUGUGUACAUAAGAGGACGUGCAGCGGAAAGUGUUCCUGCUGUAUGCCUCGAAACCUGAGCAAUAAACUCUGACCUGUUUGCAUCA